GGAGAAGGCGGUGCCUUAUAGGGCGGGAGCGGGGGCCGCGCCUGCAGAGCCGCGCCGAGCCCGGCGAUACCCUGGACAGCGCCGCGCCGCCGCUCCGCCGCCAUGGAGACCCUGAAAGCUUUUGACCGGGAAGUAAAUGCAUUUGUGGACUAUAUGUUUGGACCUCGAGAUACCAGGGUUAGAGGAUGGUUCCUUUUGGACUCUUACCUUCCCACAUUUUUCCUUACUGGAGCAUAUCUACUCUGCAUAUGGCUGGGCAACAAAUUCAUGAAGAACAGGCCUCCUUUCUCUCUCAGACCUCACCUCAUUGUGUAUAACCUGGGCAUCACACUGCUCUCCUUCUACAUGCUGAUAGAGCUCAUCCUUGCCACAUGGGAAGGCGGCUACAACCUGCAGUGCCAGAACCUCCACAGCGCAGGGGAGGCUGAUAUCCGGGUAGCCAAGGUGCUGUGGUGGUAUUAUUUUUCCAAAGUAAUUGAAUUCAUGGACACUAUUUUCUUUGUGCUGAGAAAGAAAAGCAGCCAGAUCACCUUCCUUCACGUGUAUCACCAUGCCACAAUGUUUAACAUUUGGUGGUGUGUUCUGAACUGGAUACCUUGUGGGCAGAGCUUCUUUGGACCCACUUUGAAUAGCUUUAUCCACGUGCUUAUGUAUUCUUACUAUGGACUGUCAGUCAUCCCUUCCAUGCGCAAAUAUCUCUGGUGGAAGAAAUACCUCACCCAGGCACAACUGAUCCAGUUUCUGCUCACCAUUGUGCACACACUCAGCGCAGCUGUGAAGCCAUGUGGAUUCCCAUUUGGCUGCCUCAUGUUCCAGUCCUCCUACAUGGCCACACUGGUCAUCCUCUUCAUCAACUUCUACGUUAAGACAUACCGGAAAGCACCUUCAAGAACAGCUGUAAAGGAAACCCCUGUCACAACAGAAAUCAAGAAUGGUUUCCAUAAGGACUACUUUGCUGCUGCCAAUGGAUUGCAGAAUAAUAAGAAGGCACAAUAAGUAUAGUGUUUCCUAUGAUUUUUUUUUCUAAAGAGAAAAAGAAGAAAAAAGACUGAAUUACAAGCUUUAGCUUAAAACCUAUUUGAUUACAUUUAUCAGUUCUUUGUACCAGACACUUAUUAAUGUACUGCUAUUUAGGUUUUAACAAAAUGAGUAGAAUUACUUGUCUUGUCAAAGAUCAACAUCAGAACAAAGAAAGCCAAGACCUUUCUCACAUGAAAAAGAAAACCUUUCUGAUCUCUAAUGCUGACACAAAAACGCCUUAUGAAACACUUGUUGAUGGAUAAAUCCAUCAAUGCCUUCAAAAGGUUAGGACUCUGUUCAGACUAACAUGGUGAGCACUUUUUGUGCAUGCAAGAGGUCUUGAGGCAAGGCUUCACAGUGCACCCAGUACAUCCAGCUGAACUGCAGCCAAGGCCAGGAAAAUAAAGGAGGGAUGGCAGGAAAGGUGAGAAUCGUACCUCUUCCAUCACCAUACCCCUCUUUUCUUCUCAGCAAUUCCCCAAAGUGCACUAGCAAGGUAGCCUUUGAUCCUGUGGGAGCCCUGGGGAAGGACAUGAGAGAGGGCAGAGCCCAGGUGCACCAUCCCAUAGCUUGCAGGCAGUUUGAAUCAGGUUGCACUUGCUUUACACAAGUGCAACCUGAUUCAAAUGCCAGGAAGGCUGUCAGGAGCUUUCUGUUUCAGGGGUUUGGGCUGGUAGCCCCUGGCACUGCCCAGAAUGGAAUUCUGAACACAGAAGCCUGAACACAAGUCACUUUGGAUGUGUUAACUUCACAGGAGUUCUAGGUAAAUGGAUUUUUAAAGAAAUAGGGCCAUGCCAACGUAAGGCAGAUAAAUCCAUUGAGUGUAAAUGUGUGUAAAGUUAAUCCUAUACAAACACUGCUAAUUCAAAGCAAACUGUCAUGCCACAUAUUAAUGACUGGAAAUGCAGAAAAAUUGUGAGUUCAGCAAUGAGCCAAGCAGAUUAUACAGGAGUUUCUGUGGCAGGUGGACCUUACUCAGACUGGUCUCUGGUUGGAGAAACAGAUGGGACCAAGGCACAAGACACUGGAGGGGAAGUAGGGAGAUUCUGCUGUCUGCAGCUAUAAAGGUGUCUCCCAACAGUCCAUCACCAUCUUUGUUGCUUCAUGUCCUAAGCUGACUAUAUGAUGCUUUUAUUUUUAAUCGUCUUGUUCCAAUUUCCUAAAAAAGCCCUUUAAAAAUUCUCUCCCAAAUUUGCCCUAAACCAAAACACUUCAGUUCACUGCACUUACCUCCACUUAAAUGCUUAGAAAUGAAGAAUAGCCAGGUUUAAAUUCAUGGGUCUGCCCUCACCCGUUUCUCAUUUAGCCCACUUAAUUUCCUCUACUAAAAAUAGACACAGACUUUUUUCCUCACAGUGAAGUUAGUUCUGAUCUCUUCCAUUCUCAUGUAUAAAAUUCUCUCAUCAAAAACCAUUUUUGGAGUCACUCCAGCCCAGCAAGUCCCUUGGACUGAAGCAGUCCUGUAAAGGUAAUAUGUCCUCUCACUCCUGUCACCUUGCAGGGUCCCAGGGCAGGAGGAGUAAAAAACACACACCCAGCCAGCACAGAGGGCCCAAGCAGCCACAGAAGGACCACAUGUAGAGGAGGCUGUCCCAAAUCCUGCUGUCCAAUUCUUCUCCACCUCUAGAGGGUCAGUUAUCCCCUCCAGAUAUCCCCAUUUAGAUGACCUGCCAUCAGGGUCUCUUGGAUACUGCAGGCAUAAAGGCAGGAGGAAUGUUUAUCCCAGGGAGCAGUAUGGACACAGAGCAGCCAGCCUCACCAGGAGCAGCCCGAGAGACCACCCUGAGGGCUCAUGGAUAGGAUGGAAAGAGGCUGAGGAAGUGGUACACUAGGGGAAGAAGAACAGAUGGGGUUGUUCAGCAAAAGCAAGAGGAGAAAAUGGCAUGAAGAAGGGUGUCUUGUGUCAGAGUUCUGCUUGACUGUGUGCUUGAAAGUCCCAUUGAAUGCUGUCUCCAGCCAGUUCCAACUCCAUUGCAACGUGGACAAAACUUUUCUGCUCCAGCAGAAAACAGAAAUUCCCAUAACGCUACAGCAGAAGCAGUACCUCUCAGCAGCCUGACUGCUGAACUUCAUCAUUGUGAACUGGGUGACCAAAAUAAUUGCAACAUUCAAACACUUUCACACCACCACACCAGCCAAGAUCUAACUGGUGCAUAUUCACAUUUUCUCCCCUCUUCAUGAAGAUGGUCAUGAAAUCUCACUUACUGAAAGUCAUGUUUUGUUUUAUUAAAUACUCAAUAAGGGGGAAAGAAGCCACCUAAAUGAAAAAACCCAAACAAGAAACCCCAAGAAACCUCCAUUCACAAAGCCUGGACACUGUAUGCAUAUACUAUUUCUCUCUGGCCCUUCCGGAACCUUUUCAGGCAUUUCUGAUUGAUACUGUAAAAACCCCAAGAUGUAAGAAAUUAGUGGGUUUGACUGAAGGUGUUUUAUACAGCCCUGAGUAAAGGGAGAGCUUCAGAGCUCUGUAGAAAUCAGCGUAAUACUGGAAGCCGGGGUAAAGGCAGAGGAAUUUGAAAGAGCUGACAAAACAGUGAACAAGGCAAUGAGCUGGACCCUUCAUCUAAGGCAGGCAACACAAGGGUUGUGUGGCCCAGCAUGGAUUUUAGGCCGAGUGGAGUCCAUAAUCUUUUGAUGGCAAAGCAUGCAUUUGACUAUCAAGGUGGAAAGCGUCAGCUGUGCUAAGUGUUAAAGUUUACUAUGGCAAUCAAACCCACAGAUAUUGUCUUUUGUUCUGUUGAAACCUCAUUCAAAAGAAAAGGAAAUAAAUGCCUUACUUGAAAUUCAAAGGGCUGGGGAAAAAAAAAAAAAAGAAAAUGAAAAAAAAAAAAAAAAAGGAAAAAACCAGAUGGUCUCAGACCUUGCAGAUCCAGAUCAGCCAGGAAGGCUGGAAUCAGGUAUGUUUAAAAUUCUUUAGAUAUGUCUUAACAUCUUCAAAAUGCCACAACUUUGAAGAAAGAGAGCAUUGACUUUUUAAACUGAUUUUCCUGUAAUACAUAACACUGUAAAUAAACAAAUUUUACUAUCA